UGACAAAAUCCGGGGCGUCUGCUCGAAAAAUGGCGCAAACGGCUGAAACCCAUUUGGAACCGUGAAGGUGACGACUGGCCGAGGGAUAGACGGGCGGGGCUCUCAACGCCAGGGGGGGCGCCCGCGCACGUGUAAGCCGUCACGUGUGUUCUGCUCACGUGACUGAUUGACACGUGCAGAAAAGCACGUGGCCAUUCUCCGAGCGUGACCGUGGUCACGUGGUAUGCAUGCGAGUCACGUGCCAUGUGUGCGGGUCACGUGCCAACGUUCCCGCCAUGGUGCACGGGUGCGCAUCACCCGCGCCCCGUUUCCUUGUUUGGCAACAUGGCAACUUACCGCGAGCCGGCGCCGAAAGACGUGCCAAAAGAUAAUUUGUCGACUCGGGGCACGGUGCGCAUAUGUCCUGCACCGUCAGCCGGAAUUGCGUUGUUUUACCGCUGAAACAGCGCCUGCGGCCUCAUCGUCGUUUUGCUUUAGCUUCUCUUUUUUUCAACUGGCCGUAAUUCUUUCUCGUGGCCCGGAAAAUGUGUCCGUUCUUGAGGCAAUCCCUAGAUACAAGCGCAAGGCUUUCGGCGGUAGCGGCAUGCGUGCCGGGUUUCUGCAGGACGGCGCUGCGGAAAACGAGCACUUUCAAGCCGGGCCUCCAUUACUCCAGCAGAACGAUAUCCGAGGGUACGCUCCAGAUUGCACCGCCAGACCAGUUUUGGCAGACUCUGCCGAAUUGCACCUCCGCAAAACAGCUUUUCAAAAUGGACGCGGCCCGCCACAUUUAGGUUCUUCCUUUUUGUUUUUUCUGUUUUUUCUGUUUUUUCUGUUAUCUUCUUCUUUUCUCUUUUCUUCUUUCCUCCAUCCUUCUAUUCCUGGGGCAGGGCCGGGCCACCUAAUCUCACGCACGCCGUAUCCGGUAUCCGGUCGGUCGAUGCCUGCGCACCCAACGCUCCAAAUUAGUGAGACGAGCCCGGAUCUUAGUGUCCGAAGAUCGCUUCCUCCUGCUUGACGUGUUGGGCUGGAGUACAAAAGAAUACAAGCCCAGCAGAAAAAAACACCCCCCUGUGCUCGGAUCAAAAUCUGCCCGCUGCUUUUUCGUGUUCCCGACGCUUCU